AAAGAGGUUGAGUACAAUAUUCCUUCGGAAAGAUGAUGAAAUGCUUUUUACAAGGUAGUCUCACCGCCAGCGACGCACGAUCCUUAUUGUAUGGCUUUUACCUACCAGGUUGCCUCUUUUUUUGUUCUAGCGUUCUUCUCUACCUUCUUUCAUAAUAGCCUAGCAUAGCGUAUCGUUGAAUUGUGAUUUUUUUUUCUUAUUAGGUUAGGUACUUUUAACCCGUAUCCUGUUGCACUAAUACCUUCUUAUACCUACUGGUAUUAUCGCCGCCGUAAUGGAGGUCAACAUCGAGCCGUUCAUUCAUCUACCCCAGUACCGCGUGGUGAUUUGUCAAGAAUGCGGUUACGCGUGUGUAGGCGAGGAAAUCGUCUCGCAUUUUAAGCGACCAAUUCAUCAAGGCCUUUCCAAACAGCGUAAAAAGGAGAUCUCAGACGCUAUUCUAGCUAUGCCGGAUGUCUAUCAAACGAAAGACGAGAUCGAAACGCUUCCGAUUCCGUUUCCGCCGCCUGAGACGCCGGCCAUCCCGUAUUUGCUACCGCCUCAAACUGACGGCCUCCGCUGUGGGGCAUGCUCGUAUAUCGUCUGUACGAAAGGUAGGAUGCAAGCCCAUUGCAUGAAAGCACACCAGUGGAAGAACGAUCGGGGCCGGGGAAGACAGGCAAAAGGCGCAAGCUAUGCGCCAGAGCCAUGGACGACCGGUGUACGAUGCCAACGUUUGUUCAUGAGCGGGCCAGGUAACCGAUAUUUCGAGGUGGAAAGGCCGUCUCGUCCCGCCGACGCGAUGACCGCCUCGGAAGAAGGACCCGCCUCGGUCCCGGUUUCAACACCCGUCCCCGCUUUAACAGGCCCCUCAAUUGACGCCGCCAGCUGGGAGAUGGGUUACCUGAAAGGACUAUACAGAAAUAUGUCCGUUCUCCAGCGGGCCGACGCUCGAGCCGACCUUGAGAAUAGGCUGGCAGCCUUGUGCGCUGUGGAGAAGGAAGAGGAAGAGGAGCUAGCGCGCAGCGGCUAUAAUGAGGGAAGGCUAGGGCGACGAAGCCAUCGAAAACGAGCAAGGGGCUGGCUCUAUUAAUACAUAACGUGCUUAAAUUUAGCUAACUAGUUUAAUACAUUUGUGUAUCUAU